UACAUUAUGUUCUUAUCAUAAAUAAAACGUAAGAUAAGAUGCUAAACAUGAUAAAACGCAAUGUGCAAACUCUUAUCACUUGAAUGGAUAUUUCGCUGACUCUCUCGCUAGUAAUGUGUACAGUGAUAAAAAACCAGUAAUUGUUAUAAUGAGGUUUGUACGAUAACUAUUGUGGCUUUUAGUUCAAUUUUACAGUAGUAUAAAAAUGUCUAGCGUGCAUGAGAAUAAAAAUGGUUUUAAAGAUGGAUGUAUCGACUUCACGGCAGGAUCCUUGGGAGGUGUGGCAUUGGUGCUAGUCGGUCAACCUUUGGAUACCGUGAAAGUGAAAAUGCAAGCUUUUCCAAGUCUUUAUAGUGGCAUGACAAAUUGUAUAAAAAAGACAGUUAAAAGAGAUGGAUUUGUCAAAGGAUUAUAUGCAGGAACGACUCCAGCUUUAAUAGCAAAUGUUGCUGAAAAUUCUGUAUUAUUCGCUGGCUACGGAGCUUGCCAAAAAUUCAUUGCCUACUUGACUGGCGAAAAAGAUGUAUCUAAAUUAAGUACUUUUAGUAAUGCAAGUGCUGGUUGCCUCGCUGCCUUUUUUUCAUCAUUCACAUUAUGUCCAACUGAAUUGGUUAAAUGCCAACUUCAAGCCUUGGAGGAAGCUCAAAUUCAGAAGGCUUCGACUGGACAAAUGAUUGAAAGAAUGGGGCCGAUUAAAUUAACAAAACGUAUAGUACAACAGCAUGGCUUUCGAGGUCUAUUUGUUGGUUUAGGUGCAACAAUAGCCAGAGAAAUGCCAGGUUAUUUCUUCUUUUUUGGGGGAUAUGAACUCACUAGAGAAAUGCUCAGAAAACCAAAUGAAACCAAAGAUGAUAUUGGGUGGGUAAAAACAAUGAUUGCUGGUGCAGUCGGUGGUUGUAUUUUGUGGACAGUUAUUUUUCCAGCAGACGUGAUCAAAUCCAGAGUACAGAUCAGUGGAUGCAAAGAUAGUAUGUUAAAGGUCGGAAUGGAUAUUGCUAAAAAAGAUGGCAUUUUUGCUUUAUACAAUGGUUUAAAACCUACUUUAGUUAGAACAAUUCCUGCCACAGCUGUACUUUUUGUGACCUACGAGUAUUCUAAGAAGUUUAUGUAUUAUAUAUCUAGUUAGUAUUAUAGUAUGAACA